GUGAGAUUGUUCCUAAUUUACAUUAUGGAAUAAAUGCUAAAGAAUGGUGGAUUCAAGCUUCACCAAACACAAACAAUAUUUCACCACUAUAUCCACUCAGAGUUGGAAAUAGUAUUAGUCCUGAAUUGCCUGGUUAUUGUUGUCAGUGUGGUUCAUUUACAACUACUGUUGAAGAUUCUUCUACUGCAGCAAUUUCUAACUGUUACCAAAAAUUUUUUAAUGUUGGGACUAGAUUUUCUGGCAUAAAGGUUAUAG